CGCCAAGCCGGGUGGUGUGCUGCUGCUGGAUUUGGUUUUAAACGGCAGGGGCGAGCGGGAGUGUGUCAGCAAGUGGACUAUUGUAUUUAAACAUUACAGCGUUGUUGUGGUGCACUGAUGGCGUCAGAUAUUGUUGCACAGUUGGCCGACUCUCUGGCCAAGACUGGAGUAGAGGAUGGAGAGCUGAGUUACAAAGGUCAGGGAAGAAAACUGGAUGAUGCCGACUCAGUGGAGGAGAUGGUGAAGGAGAUCCAGGACUUUGAGGGUUUACAGGCUCUCAGACUGGAGGGAAACACUGUGGGUGUGGAGGCGACACAAGCCAUUGCCAAGGCCCUCGAGACAAAAAAUGAAUUGAAGCGCUGUUAUUGGAGUGAUAUGUUCACAGGUCGCCUACGCUCAGAGAUCCCACCUGCCCUGAAUUCACUCGGUGAAGCUGUGAUGAUGGCGGGUGCCAGGCUGACUGUUUUAGACCUAAGUGACAAUGCAUUCGGACCAGAUGGGGUGGAGGGCAUCAAGAAGUUGCUCGAGAGCUCUGCAUGCUUCACCCUGCAGGAGCUCCGGCUCAACAACUGUGGCAUGGGCAUCGGAGGUGGCAAGAUCUUAGCUUCUUCUUUGACCCAGUGUUACAAAAAAUCCAGUGUGGAGGGCAACCCCCUCAGCCUGAAGGUGUUUGUUGCAGGGAGGAACCGUCUGGAAAAUGAUGGCGCCACUGCUCUCGCUCAGGCCUUCCAGCUGAUGGGCAGCCUGGAGGAGGUUCACAUGCCUCAGAACGGCAUCAAUCACCCUGGUGUAACAGCACUGGCCACAGCCAUGCAGGAAAACCCAGGACUCCGAAUCCUCAACCUUAAUGACAACACCUUUACUGAGAAGGGGGCGAUCGCCAUGGCUCAGGCCCUGAAACAGCUUCGCAGCAUCCAGGUGAUUAACUUUGGAGACUGCCUGGUGCGAUCAGCUGGUGCUAAAGCAAUUGCAGAAACUGUGUCAGAGGGGCUACCGAUCCUUAAGGAACUCAACCUGUCGUAUGGUGAGAUUACAGAGGACGCUGCUCUGGCUGUGGCGCAGGCUGUGAAGGACAAGAACCAGAUGGAGAAACUGGAACUGAAUGGCAACUAUCUUGGAGAGGAUGGAUGCAAAGCUGUGAAAGACAUCAUGGAGAGCAUGAACUUGGGUGAUGCUCUGGGAUCACUGAGUGAUGAUGAGGGUGACCCCGAAGACGACGAUGAAGAUGAUGAUGAUGAUGAUGAUGAAGAUGAAGAGGAGGAGGAGGAGGAGGAGGAAGUGGAUGAGGAUGAAAUAGAUGAGGAAGAGGAUGAAGAGGAAGAAGAAGAAAGCAAUGAGACUAAGCUGUCCACUCCUGUCUCAGCAUCCAGACCACCCGAUGUCUCCUCCUUCCUCAGCUUUCCAUCCCCUGAUAAACUACUCAAGCUGGGUGCCAAGAGAGCAUUGCUGGUCCAAGAGCAGGUGGAUGUGAGAGAUGCUACAAAAACAGCCGAAGCUUUCCUUAAGAUUGCGUCUGUGUACAAGGAGGAGAACAACGAUGUUAAAAAUGCUGUGUUGGACACUAUUGAUGCCCUUCUGAACAAAGCUUUCACCACUCCGUCCUUCCAAGGCAGCUUUGUAUCAUCUUUGUUGGUGCUGCUUGGACUCAUUAAGAGUGAAGACAAGGUCAAGCCUGUAAUCAUGGUCCCUGGCCACCUCCACGCCUUGGAGCAUGUUGUUCGCCAGGACUAUUUCCCUAAAGAGAACGUGGCUGUGCUGGAGGCCUUCAUGUCCCGGUAAGGACGUGGUGAAUGAGCCAAUCAGCAGGCAGCUUUCAGGAGUAACAAGGUGCUGGAGUCAUGUGGAAACGCGAAAAACAGCCUCCAGUCCACACUGCAGAGAGUCCGAUCUCAGAGCUGAGACGUCUGCUUGCAUAUAAACUGAACUUUUAAUCAAUGAUGGACCUCUGGGAAACCAGCACAGGACAUGAGAAGAUCGUCUCCACUCAAACACAGUUAUGGUGUCACUGCUGUAUAUCAUAGGUUUGUGGAAGGAUUCUUUUUCCUUCUUUUCUUACAUUUUGUUUGGACUUGACUUGAAUGCAUCGUGUAAGUUAAACAGGCUCUUCUGUCGUCAGCUAGUUGAAGCCCUUCUUGUACACUAUUAUCACCACAGGACAGCAUGACAGCUUAAGGACUCAUCCUCCACAUGACCAGGAACUUGCUGGUUAGUGACACCUUACUACCACAGUUUAUACUUUAGAGCAAACAUGGAAAAUUCACCGGGAAUAAUCUGGCACCAUCAGCUUUUGUUUGUUCUCUAGUUCAUGUCUGUUUUUACUGUUCUCUUGUUUUAUAUUAAAUGCUUAUUGUAUUUACAAAUAUGGUCAUUAAACUAUUGAAGAAAAAAUGGCUGUAAAGUAAAACACUCGAGGAUUGAGUUGAUUUGUAUUUUUGCCCUUCAGGGGUGCAGACUGCAGUGUUUUCUGAAUUUGUGAUGAAUGAUUUUAAGUCUUUGUGUAUAGGAAUAUUCAUUUGAAAAUAAAAACUUAUAGAAA